AUGAAGCUUAAUAAUAGCAAUAGUAAUAAUAGCAAUAGUAAUAGCAAUAGCAAUAGUAAUAAUAGCAAUAGCAAUAAUAAUAAUAAUAAUAAUAGUAAUAAUAGCAAUAAUAAUAAUAAUAGUAAUAAUAGCAAUAAUAAUAAUAAUAAUAGUAAUAGCAAUAAUAAUAAUAAUAAUAAUAAUAAUAGCAAUAAUAAUAAUAAUAAUAAUAGCAAUAAUAAUAAUAAUAAUAAUAAUAAUAGCAAUAAUAAUAAUAAUAAUAAUAAUAAUAGCAAUAAUAAUAAUAAUAAUAAUAAUAAUAGCAAUAAUAAUAAUAAUAGCAAUAAUAAUAAUAAUAAUAAUAGCAAUAAUAAUAAUAAUAAUAAUAGCAAUAAUAAUAAUAAUAAUAAUAGCAAUAAUAAUAAUAAUAAUAAUAGCAAUAAUAAUAAUAAUAAUAGCAAUAAUAAUAAUAAUAAUAGCAAUAAUAAUAAUAAUAAUAGCAAUAAUAAUAAUAAUAAUAAUAAUAGCAAUAAUAAUAAUAAUAAUAAUAGCAAUAAUAAUAAUAAUAAUAAUAGCAAUAAUAAUAAUAAUAAUAAUAGCAAUAAUAAUAAUAAUAAUAAUAAUGAGUCUGCUCAUGAAUUCAAAGUGAAACAGCAGAACACAUUUUUAGCAACUGCAAAUAGCUAA